AAAACAUUGCCAAGGAUCUUUACAUUUAACUAGGAAUCACGUACUGGUUUCUAACAAAGUAUUGCUUAAUGCCAUGAUUUCAAUUUGAGUACAUGUAUACUUGCAUUUUCAUGUCCCUGUGGUAUUUUUCUUUCUGUCCCGAAUCUGACAUCCACUUAACUGCUUUAGAUAUUCUUUUUCUACAGUAUCAAAUGACAAUGCCACACUAAAAGACAGUGAUUCUAUAUUUAUUUAUUUUUUUAUUAAGGGUGUAUUUUGCAUAGGUUUGAAGAAAAUUUGAAUAAGGAAUACACAAAGUUCUUACUUGGAACAAAAACAACCAUUCAUUCUCAUGGGCCUUGCAAAUGUUCCUGUCAUAAGAAAGGGAAGAAGAAUAGCAGUUGUACAUCAUGCAGUUCAGCACAUGUGGAAAUUUUAAGUUAUGAUUACUCGGGUGUUCAUGACCUGGCCUAUAAACUAGUGCGUGAAGCCGAAGAAAGAAAACCAAAAGUUGCUGCAGUCUUAUUGUUGGGAAUAGCAAAGCAAAUUAUGCUUCAUAAACAGCCAAUGGCUAAUUGGCCAGAUGGCAGAGAUGACAGAAAAUGUGCUACAACAGCAGUUUCCUUGUUGCUGACAAGGAUUACAAACUUCCUACAAAUUUUGUUUGUCACUUCUGAUUUCCCAUCUUUCUUUUCAAAGAAGCUUAUGGAAUUUUUCCAGUCUUUAUACUUUCCUAUAAAUUGCAGAUAUUUUGUUAACUGGUUAAAUAUUUUUCUUUGGGAUGACCCACUGUUGGUGGCAGUAUUAAAGGGGCAGAAUGUUUCCGGAACUCGCAUAGUAAAAGGGAAAAAGAAAGUCUUGUUUGAAUGUCUAAAUGUUAUCCAAGCACGAAAGAAAAAACUUUUGGAGCAGCACAAAUACAGAGAGCUAGCCCGAUAUCUCAAAGCAGUGAAGUCUGAAAACACGCUGCACAUGCAAAACCUUUUGGAUGAAAUACCAUUUUAUAUGUGUAAAUGUGGAGAUUUUAAUUCUGCUGCGGAAAGUCUGUUUUCUGCAAGGUAUCCAUUUUGCUGUACUGCCUGUCGCUUGAGUCCUGUUCAGUUUAUCGUCUAUUUAAAGAUACUGCUAAGUGGCCAAGUUCCUGCUGGAAAUGAAGUAGAUGAUUCAGGAAGAUGGGAAACCAUUCAAGGUACUGCACCAUUAAAGAAGUCUUUUGUUGUGAAAAUUGCACUCCAGACACUUAGCUGCAAUAACCAAUUGUUCACAGAUCCGGAAUCAUGGGAAGCCCUAAUUACUGCAACAUGUAGUAGUCACAAGUUGACAAAAGAGGGUAAUUUCCAGUGCAUUGCUUACAAAAAGCCAGACGAAGAGUUUAUACAGCGACACAGAUAUCUUUCCAUGAAGAUUGUAGAAGAAUUGAAAAUGAGGCAGAAUUUUGUUUAUCCACAAUGUUUUCAUGAUGCUAGAUAUAGAGAUGAAGCCCUGCUGCUGCUAGUCACUGAGGCUUUGAUGAAAAUGCCUUACAAUGACUUUCCUGUUCUCCUAAAUAUUGUUUUGGCAUUUAGGGAAAACAUGUGGGCACUGAAGUAUCUCUUGGAUGGACUGAAUGAAACGCUUCUAAAUCAGUUUAUCUAUUGCUUGGAAAUGGAUCUUUAUAGGCAUUCCAACAUCCUCCUCACAAGGUUGUCACCUAAUGAUCCACAAGUUCUUGGAGAUUUCAUUUUCUUUUUUCUUUCACAAGAGCACUACUUGCUGUGGCCCAUUGGUAACAUGAUCCAGGACAUUUUACUUAAAAACUGGACUGUGCAUCAAAACUACUACUGGCAAAACCAUCUGCAUUGCAAGAUGAAUAAAGAGAAUCCUUCACAUAUUUCGCAAUAAACACGAAGCAAUAGAAAUAAGAAAAUACACCUUCUUGAAAUUCUGUUUAUGGGAGUGUGGUGCUUGUCUUCUUCACUUCACCAUUUGGUGGGGAAAAAACCUAGAAAAUUUACCUAGCAACUAAUGUAAUGCAAAUUUUAAAAUAUUUUAUAAUAUGCACAAAAUUUUUUAUUCUAUAUUUAACUGGAUUUGUAAAUAACUUUUUAAAUUUUUGUAGCAGUAUUUUGUAUUAAAAAGAUGACAUGUAAAACUGGAAAUAAAAUUAUACUUUAUAGUU